GUUCCCGCCCGGAACUUUAUUCACGUAGUGCCACACAUGCACAUGUGUAAACAAGGAGCUGGGUGACUUCUAUAAGAAAAAACGUGAUUAUAGAUGAUGUGGUGGCAGUAAACUCAUGUCACAGUUUAUAGAAAAUUAAUAAACAUUAAAACAGAGCUUCAAACGUAAUUUUGAGCCAGAAUGGCGCAACAGGACAGCGACGAUGACAUGGACGAGUUUUAUGAAAAAUUCAAGGGAUAUAAAAAUCGUUUCAAUGAAGACACCUGGGAAGAGGAGUUUGAUAAAAUACCUAUGUUCAUGAAAAAAGCCCCCGACGUGAUCGACCCAAAAGUGCAUCCAGAGCUAGCUUGUAUCCAGGCCAUGGUCCAUGAUGAAGAUCGAACCCCAGAAGAGCAAGCAAAGAGCCUGAAAGAUGAGGGAAAUGAGUUUUUCAAGGAGAAGAACUACGAGAAGGCCUUAGUGUGUUACACAGCAGGUUUGAGGAAGAAGUGUGGAGACCAGGACCUUGACACUGUCCUCCUCACCAACCGGGCGGCGGCACACUUCCACCUGCGUAACAUGCGCUCUGCGUUGAACGAUGCUGCAGCUGCAAAGAAGAUCAAACCAGACCACCUCAAAGCUUUAAUUAGAGGUGCUCAGAGUUGUAUAGAGCUGCGUAUCUUUGCAGAGGCCAUCCAGUGGUGUGAUGAGGGGCUCAAAGCUCACCCCACUGACAAGAAGCUGCAGGAGCUGAGAGCAGCAGCAGAUAAACACAAGAGAGCAGCAGACAGAGAUGCCAGGAAGGCCAAAAUUAAAGAGAAAAAGCUGCAGGGUGAGAAAGAAGCUCUUCUGGCUGCUAUUAAGGACCGAGGCAUCAAGCUCCUCCAGUCUGCGAAGCCUCAUCAGUGUGUCUCAGAAAGCGAGGAUGAGGAUAAAGGCUCCUCAGCAGGGAUUUCACAGCUGAGCCUGGACGGCCUCGGCUCUCAGGAGGCCACGGGGGCGCAGGUCUUCCUGGACGAGCAGGGCUCUCUGCACUGGCCCGUUCUCUUCCUCUAUCCUGAACACCAGCAGACUGAUUUCAUCUCUGCUUUCUGCGAGAACAGCUGUUUCAUAGAUCACCUGGCGGUCAUGUUUGGAGAGGAACUCCCACCUUGGGACGCAGACAGGAAGUACCACCCACAGAAUCUGCAGCUGUACUUUGAAGAUGCAGAGAAGGAGACAUUCUACCAAGUAAACGCAGAGACGUCACUUUUGAAAGUGUUGCAGCAUAAAAGGUUUUUCGUCAAGGCAGGCUCUCCCAGUUUCAUCGUUCUGGUGAAGGGCUCGUCAUUCUGGAAGCAGUUUUUAAAAGGAAAGAAAAUACGAGGAUUGUAAAAACACUGGCCUUCAAAUAUUGGGACUUUCAUACGACGGAAUUCUCUUCUUAAUCCCAGAGGACUGACUUUGCCCCUGAAAAACACAUGAUGGCAGAAAGGACUCAUUAUUUGACACCAAAUAUCAAACCUGCAUUAUUUGUUUUCCUGUCUAUACAAAUAUGAACUGUACAUGUUGAAAACUGGCUUCAGAUUUUUUUUCAAUUGGUAAGACAAAUGAAUGACAAACUAAAUAACCAAAAAUGUAAUAGAUAUGUACAAGUGCUUGUCAGUAAAAA